ACCCCUCCUCAUUAUAUAACGCAGCUAGGGGAGGCGCAUGACAAAUACUCGUACCUAGCAGUAGUUAUACGCAACCAAGUGGAGAGCUCCAAUCCACCAGCACGUCGUAGUACUGUUCCCUCACUCCGACGCACAAUCUUCAGCUCGAUCAAGUCCAAGCGAGAGGGGGCGACGGCGGUGAUCGUCGAGGAUGAGCAGGAACGGCGGCAAGGUGUCGAAGCUGGAGAGCCUGAGGCUGAGCCUGUCGCGGGCGCGAGGUGGUAGUGGCGGGCAGUCUUCGUCCACCACGGCGCGGCCGGGAGGUGGCGGCGGCGGCGGAGCCAACGCGUCGUCGCCCCACAGGCGGUCCUCUUCCUCGUCGUCCACGGCGUCGCCGCCGAGCUCGUGCGUGUCGUCGGAGGGCAGCCCGGACGCGGCGGCCGGGCCGCCCAUGGUCCUGGCGGGGUGCCCCCGGUGCAUGAUGUACGUGAUGCUGUCCCGGGAGGACCCGCGGUGCCCCCGCUGCCACAGCGCCGUGCUACUCGACUUCAACGACGACGAGCAGCGCCGCCCGCGCCCUCGCCAGCGCCGGUGAACCCGUGCGCUGAUCUCAGCUCAAGUCGUCGGCAUCGUCGUAGCUUCUACAUUUGAGAUCGAGUUAAUUUUUAGCGACGCCUCGGGAGAGAAUGAUAGUUCAUUGAUUUGUUGUCUCGCGAGCCGGAAGGAAUUAUUUCAUAGACCUGUUCCUCCAUGCUGUGACUGUGAGCGCUGGUCGAUCGAUGGAGUCGGGUCUAGGUAAUAAUUUCGUGUUUUGGGGUGUCUUUUGCAAUUCAAUUGUUUGACGUUCAACGGAGCAAG